AUGAUUUCUUCAAUUUACGACUAUGUAGAUUCGAAUAAAGAGCUAGAAAAUGUCCAAAAUUUCUGGUCCCUUUCAGAUCAUUUCAAUUUUUUCCUCGAAACUUCUACAAUAAUUUUUAACCUAAUCCAUUUAUCAAUUUUGCUCCAAAAAGAGCUCAGAAAGUUCUCGAUUUUUAUUUUAAUGGCUGGAAUUUGUAUUUCUGACAUUUUGGGAUUCUUAGUUUCCCUGAUUUUCCUAGAUUUAUCCCGCGAAGACUCCCAGAAACAAAUUCAAGAAUUUCGAAAUUCUAAUUUUCCAUUUUGGCUCUGUUUUGAUGGUCCCUUCAAAAUUCUGGACCCUGCUGGAGUCCUAAAAACUAUAAUUUUAAACUCCACACGACCAAUUUCAAUUUGGUUAGCAAUUUUUAUGGCUUUGAUCAGAACGUUGUCGAUUAUUUUCCCAAUGAAUUCGAAUUUUACGAAACCCAAAAAUACAGUAACCCUGGUUACUGUAACUUGUCUAUUUUGGAUUAUUUAUUACUCGUGGGAACUGAUUUUUGCAGAGAUUUGGUGGUUUCCAGAUCAAAUCUCGUAUGGCUGCAAUCUCAAAACCCAAGCUCGUAAAUACACCCAUUACGUUUUGGCACUAUCCACGGAUUUUUUAAUGGAAUCCCGGGAAAAUCGAGAAUAUUUGGUCCGCCUGAUCCCUGUAUUUUUCUAUCCAAUUCUCACAGUUUCUCUACUUUUUGAGUUGUAUAAAAUCAAAAAACGAAGGAAAAUUUUAUCAAAAAAUCAGGAAAAUUCGUCGGAUAAUACUGUAAUUUUGGUGUUUUUCAUGACUGUUUCAUUCAUGUUAUCCGAAGGUUUGGCGGGAAUUUCAAAUUUUUAUGAAGUUUCAAGUUUUUCUGAUCGUUCAGAGAUUUUGUGA